AUGAGACGACGGAAAGCUGUGGCUGACAACGUGCUCUAGGUUGGCCAAUGUGCGCAGCAACCGAACGCAAGACAGGGAGUGAGGAAUAGAAGAGAAUGAAUGAAGACCAGGACCGGGGUCGAAGAAUGGCAGCGGCGUGGAGGAGAAAAAGGUUGAGGAGCGUUGCAGGUGGAAGAUGUGCAGGUGUCGAGAGCGCACGGGUGUUUGGUUGCUCCUCCCCAAAGGGAACUCAGGUCGCAAGGCGGGGCAGAAGGCCGAACCAAAUCUCCAGUGCCAAGGACGGGAAGGUGCACUUGUCGACGCGCGUAGAAUUUCGACAGGUACGGUGUCGAAGUCGAGGUACUUUCUAUCGCACGCGCGCCGGACGAUGACGAUGUCGAGUGCUCUUCUUUGAGCGGACGGCAACAACACUAGCCCACGCAGCACACACGCCCACUGCGAACCUACCGUACCGU